AUGCCCGAGGAUCAUGUUGGGGAUGUGCUGUCCUGGGGCUGUGCCCUGCAGGAGCCAGCCGUGGCUAGCCCAGCCCUGGGAGCCGUCCUGGCUGUGCUGGCCUCGCUCAUCAUCGCCGCCAACGUGCUGGUGGCCAUCACUCUGCUCUGCCUCAUCCACAAGAGCGGCUCCAAGGGCCUCUACUUUGUCCUGAACCUUGCCGUGGCAGACACCAUGGUUGGCUUCACAGUUGUGGGUCUGGUCGUGGAUGAGUUUUCCCAGCCCUUUUAUCCUCCCCAGAUCUUCUGCGUCCUGAGAAUGGCUUUUGUCACCUCCUCUUCAGCUGCCUCUGUCCUGUCCCUGAUCCUGGUGGCGUGUGACAGGCACCUGGCCAUCAGGAGACCUUUCCACUACGUCCAGCUGGUGACAGGCCUGUGGGUCGGGGUGCGCCUGGUGGGGCUCUGGCUGGUUGCUGCCCUCAUCGGCUUCCUCCCAGUCCUGGCCCCAGCCUUCCAGAGGGACAUUCCCCAGGGGAAGAAGUGCUCCUUCUUUGCCGUCUUCCACCCUGCCUACAUGCUCACCGUCUUCUGCGCCGGCUUCUUCCCAGCCCUCUGUCUCUUCAUCUAUCUCUACUGUGACAUGCUGAAGAUCGCCUCGCUGCACGCGCAGCACAUCCGGGGGGUGGGGCUGGCGGGGGGCUGCCCCCCAGCCCGCGCCCUCAAGGCCAUGCGCACCGUGGCCGUGCUCGUCGGCUGCUUCACGCUGUCCUGGCUGCCCUUCUUCAUCGGCAGCGUGGUGCAGACCGUCUGCCUGGAGUGCUUCCCCUACAGAGUCAUCGAGAGCUACCUCUGGCUGCUGGGGCUCGGCAACUCCCUCCUCAACCCGCUGCUCUACUCCUACUGGCAGAAGGACGUGCGGGAGCAGCUCUCCCAGCUGGCUGCGGGCGUCAAGAGGAGAGUCCUCCUCCUCCUGCUGGGGAGCGGGCGCCGUUUCCCGGGCAGAGACACCAAACCUCUCCCCACCGUGUCCUGCCUGCGGCUCCAGGACUGACACGGCAAGGAGCAGCUGUCACCAGCUUUCCAGCUCAUCUCCUGCGUCCUCAUCGUGAGCUCGGGGCCCGGAGGGGAUCACAGACGGAGCGGGACCCAUCCGGAUGCUAAUUCCCAGCCAUCAGCCUGGCCCAAUUCCAGCCUGCUCCGCACCAGCCCCCGCCACCCGGAACCUCACGUCCGUGGCACCCGACAGGUUCUGCGUGGGGGGCUCAGCAGAGCCGCAGCCGGCGCAGCCCUCUGUCUCCAGGCUCAGCGCUCCCUCCGCAGGGUGCGGUUCCCAUCCCUGCCCGGCUUCCCCUGCCCAGCCCCGGGAUCUGCCGCCUCCCGGCUCCAGCUGCAGCCCGGGCCGCUCCCAAACCCUCCCCGGGGGCGGCGGGGUCUGUGCCCACCCCCGGCAGAGGCGAGGGCUGCAGCUCU